GGGGUGGAGGGACGGCGAGGAGUCAGGUGCAGCCGCGGCCCGGAAAGUUUGCUUUUAGGCCCGAAUUGGGGGCUGCCUUCUCUCCGGGGAGCCCCGGUCCUAGCGCCCGGGACCCCCGAGGGCGUGGGGGAGAGCACUCGGCUGGCUCGAAACUCUUUGCCAGUUCCUGUCCGUUCAAGAUGAGAACAUUGACCAGAUUGGGGCCCCAUCCCUGAUUCCUCCCAGAGGCAAUGAGUGAUCUCUCUGCUGCAUAAACUACCCUUAACCCUUUCAAAUAAAUCAGACAAUCUGCUUCUUCUUGAUUGAGCAGCAUUCCAAACUGUGGUACCCCUGGGCUCUCUUCACGUUGCUGUGGUGCAGAAGAUUUAAAAUCAGCUGAUGUUCACAAGGAAUAGAGUCACGUGAUGUAUGAAGGGAAACAUAUACACUUCUCUGAGGUUGACAAUAAGCCCUUGUGCUCAUAUAGCCCCAAACUGUGCAAGCAGCGGCGACUCAACGGCUACGCUUUCUGUAUCAGACACGUUCUGGAAGACAAGACUGCCCCCUUCAAGCAAUGUGAAUAUGUGGCCAAGUAUAACAGCCAACGCUGCACCAACCCCAUUCCCAAGUCAGAGGAUCGCAGGUACUGCAACAGCCACCUGCAGGUACUCGGCUUUAUCCCGAAAAAAGAGAGGAAGAAAAAGAAUGACCCGGUAGACGAGGUGAAGGCCAGGCCCCAGAUGGACGCCAUGGCCUUUAGCCUGACGGUGCCCACCCUGGCCUUGAAGAUGCCCAAUGGACUGGACGGCAUGUCCCUCUCUCCACCUGGGGCAAGGGUUCCUCUCCACUACCUGGACACUGAGUUGGAAGACCCCUUUGCUUUCAACGAGGAAGACGAUGACCUAAAGAAAGGAGUGACUGUGAGAAAAAAGUUGCAGAGCAAGUUGGCUCAGAACCGGCAACGCCAGAGAGAGACAGAGCUUUUAAAAGUUCGGCAAGAGCACUUUAGCACCCCUCCCACACCUCCACAGCAGCACGCCCACCUGUCACCUCUAUCUACUUCUUUAAAACCUCCAGCGCCACCACAGGGUUCAGUCUGCAAGUCACCUCAACCUCAGAACACCAGCCUACCAAUGCAGGGAGUGGCCCCCACCACACACUCUAUAGCACAAACACGGCAGGCCUCUCACAAGAGGCCUCUGCCCCUCCUUUCCUCCAGCCGAGCUCCCAUCUCAGACGCCCCCAGGACUGACCGAAUCCUCAUGAAAGCCACCGCCUUCUCUCCACACUUCUCUUGUAUAAGCCGGCUGCAGAGACUGGUGAAACUGUGCACCCAGAAGCAUCAGCUGCACGCGGACCUGUUUCCUCACUUAGGGUUGGACUGGUCUGAGGAAAGCGGAGAGGAAUUGGAGGACUCAGAUCAGGCUUCGCCAUAUCAGGUCGCAUGGUCCAUCCGAGAAACCCUCAGACACGAAAGACACACGUCAGAUGACGACGACGUGGAGAGCAGGAGCUCCAGGGUGACCCAACUUUGCACUUACUUUCAGCAGAAAUACAAGCACCUCUGCCGCCUGGAGCGGGCAGAGGCUCGACAAAAGAAAUGCCGGCAUACAUUUAGGAAGGCGCUGCUGCAGGCGGCCAGUAAGGAGCCCGAGUGCACUGGUCAGCUGAUCCAAGAACUGCGGAGAGCGGCGUGCAGCCGAGCCAGCCUCAGCCAGACCAAGGUGAAGGAGGUGGAGCCAGCAGCAUGCAGUGGAACAGUGAAGGGUGAGCAGUGCACAAACCAGGCCCUUCCCUUCACCAGACAUUGUUUCCAGCACAUCCUCUUGAACCGCUCUCAGCAGCUGUUCUCCAGCUGCACUGCCAAGUUUGCAGACGGACAGCAGUGUUCCGUGCCAGUGUUUGACAUCACACACCAGACGCCCCUGUGUGAAGAACAUGCCAAAAAGAUGGAUAAUUUCCUAAGAGGAGAUAACUCCCGUAAAGUUCAGCACCAGCAACAGAGGAAACCUAGGAAAAAAACGAAGCCCCCUGCACUUACCAAAAAACACAAGAAGAAGAGACGGCGUGGGCCACGUCGGCCCCAGAAACCCAUCCCCCCUGCAGUGCCCCAAGGGAACCUCAGCAUGCCCACCAGCGUCUCACUGCCAGUGGAGGCCUCACACAUGCGAAGCCCUUCCACACCAGAGCUGAGUGCUGACGAGUUGCCGGACGACAUUGCCAACGAGAUCACUGACAUUCCGCACGACUUGGAAUUGAACCAGGAAGACUUUGCAGAUGUCCUGCCGCGGCUGCCGGAUGAUUUACAAGACUUUGAUUUUUUUGAAGGAAAGAAUGGAGACCUCCUCCCGACCACCGAAGAAGCCGAAGAGCUUGAGCGGGCCUUGCAAGCUGUAACGUCUCUCGAGUGCCUGAGUACAAUUGGGGUACUUUCCCAGUCAGAUGGUGUGCCCAUUCAGGGGUUGUCAGAUAGAGGAAUGGGGGUGUUCUCCACAGGUACUGAUGCUUCGGGAAUCCAGUCCUUGAGUCGAGAAGUAAACACGGACCUGGGGGAGCUCCUGAACGGACGCAUCGUGCACGAUAGCUUUUCUAGCCUAGAGCUGGACGAGAACCUGCUCCAUCCUGCCGCUCUGUCUAACCCACCCACACCCCUGGCAGGGCAGAUCCAGGGGCAGUUCUCUGCCCCAGCCAGCGUUGGCCUUACUUCCGCCACUCUGCUCAGCCAGAGUGCACUUGGGGAGAGAGCCUUCCCAGGACAGUUUCAUGGACUUCAUGAUGGCAGCCAUGCCUCCCAGAGGCCACAUCCUGCCCAGCUGCUGAGCAAGGCAGACGACCUUAUCACCUCACGACAGCAAUACAGCAGUGAUCAUUCACACUCCUCACCCCAUGGAAGCCAUUAUGAUAGCGAGCACGUGCCGUCGCCCUACAGUGACCAUAUCACCUCUCCCCACACAUCUUACUCUGGUGAUAAUAUGGCAGCUACCUUUUCAGCAGAGAUGCCCAUCAUGGCGCAGCACUUGCUCCCCACCCAGCUUGAGGUGCCACUUGGAGGAGUGGUCAACCCCAGAACUCACUGGGGGAACCUCCCUGUCAACCUUGGCGAUCCCUCUGCAUUUAGCAGCCUCCUUGGCGCGGAUGGACACCUUCUCUCCACUUCCCUCUCCACGCCACCCACCACAUCCAACUCAGAGACCACACAGCCUGCCUUCGCCACCGUUACCCCAAGCAGUUCCAGUGUGCUUCCGGGGUUACCACAGACCAGCUUCAGUGGCAUGGGGCCUUCUGCUGAACUAAUGGCCUCCACCUCUCCCAAGCAGCAACUCCCGCAGUUCAGUGCAGCCUUCGGCCACCAGCUGAGUUCUCACAGUGGCAUUCCUAAGGACCUGCAGCCCAGCCACAGCUCCAUAGCCCCUCCCACAGGCUUCACAGUAACAGGUGCCACGGCUACAAGUACCAACAAUGCAUCUCCCCCGUUCCCCGCCCCUAACUGAGCAGUCUGUACCUGCAGGCAAGUGUAGCUCGGGUUUUCUAUCUUUGUUUCCUCUUUUGCCCCUCUCCCCUGUUCCUACAGAAGAUUUAAAAAUGACAGCGGGGAUUAGAGGGAUGCCCUUCCCGGUUCAGUGGACCUGGCGUCCGUGUUCACGCGUGCUCCUUAGCACUGGUGCUCAUUCCCUCCUGGCGGGUCCGCCGGCCUUGCGGGUCGCUCGGCCUGGCAGGCGUUUUGGUGGCUCAGCACGGUGACUGGGUAGGAUUGACUAUUUUAUUUUUUAUUUUAUUUUAUUUUAUUUUUUUAUUUCAGCAAGUCCUAGAAGUGGAAGAUACCUCAGAUUACCAGUGCCCUUUACUGUCUCCUAGUGUUGAGAUAAUGCUUCCCAUUCUCUAGCCAGGUUGUCCAUAGCUGUUCUGGAUGGACUGGUCCUGUUGAGCCCCUGUGUAGCCGGUGGUGUGUGGCCAUACAUCGAAGCUCUGACUUAGCACCAGUGGCCAAACACCACAGGGAGGUUAGGAUGCCCUUCCUAAUUAUGAUGUUAGCUGAAAAGAACACGCUCUCUUAACUGCCUGUGCCUGCUUAUUCACCCUGUGUGUGUUGUGUGCAGCACAGCAGCUCUCUCCUUGUGGCUGUCUUUCCUCGCUCCCCGAAUGAGCGUAAGGCUCUUCCCCCUCCUUCCCUCUCAUACCUAGCAAGGUUCGUCCUUCUUUCCUACUGAGUUGACUAAAGCAUUCUGAACAGAGAGGGGUGGUCUCAGAGUGGUAGCACCUUGCUGAGAUGAGCCUGUGAGGAAAGGGGCCCCAAAAAGCUGAGUUCACAUCAGUAAUAGGGAGUGUCGUCACCCCAACCCUACCCCUCUUCUUCCUUAUGCAUUUGUUUCAGAAUUCCCCUCUCAUGGAACACAUUUGUAGGUAGCAAUGAAAGAAAAUGUUUUGGUGUGCAAAAGCAGGCUAAACCAGAUAGAUUUGAAAGAUGGCGCCUAGGCCUGUUUGGUCCAUCAUUGGCUCCUAGUUUUUACAUGUUUACAGUUGUGAUUCUUUGGUGAGAUUUGUGAACUGUGGAGGACACGUGUAGAAUCCAUGUACCAGUUGUGAAGUGAUGUGUAAUAUGGGAAGAACACACAGUUCUUUCAAAGCAGAAUUUGGAAAUUAGAUGUAAUUUGACUUACCUUAGGUACUUUUAAAAUAAGUACUUAGGAUGAAGUAAAAUUGGAAAUUUUUUAGCGUGCCAAGGUUUUAGGGUAAAAAUGUUACUGGGUAGUGCAGUUGGUGACUGGAGUGAUGUGAGGGGCUCCCUCCUGCCCGCCUUCCCCUCCCAGAGCAGGUGGAGCUUCGCCUUCUGCUUUGCUUUGCUGAUAGUUCACUGUCCCUGCAGACACCAGUAGGUGUUCGUACCUGAGCUCAGCCUCGUUCACAUAGCUCUAAACUUGUGGUACGAUAAUUCUUUUUUCAGGGACGGUCUGAUCCUAAUUCCUUCCUACUAGGUAAAGGUCGGACAUGUUUUCCUACUUCUGACGUGUGUGUUCUUCACGCCAUGCUACUUCUAACCAGGCCCUUCUGCUGAAGGCUUCUUGUUCUCGCCUUGCGAAGGAAUGAUGGUGACAGCAGGCACUCUGCAGAUCUACAUGCCUGAUGAGCUUUGGGAGGGAAAGUGUCACAUGACCAUGUGAAAUCAUGUGAGAUGCCCUAUUUUGUAUUUACUGAAGUUGGAGAGGCAAAAUAUGUUUGUAUUUACUUUUUUUUCCCUCAAAAAUCAUGUUAAUUAAUUGGGACAUUUAUUUUUAAUAGCUUUGGUUUUUUUGCAGAUUGAGAAAUUCCUAAAUUAUAAAUUAUGCCACAAAGCAAAAUUAUAUGUGGUAUCAACAUGAUCUUCCCUCCUGAACUGUGAGAACAACUUUUUGACUGUUUCACCUGUGAACCAUUGUUAGUAGCUUUUUUACUUUAGUGCGUUGUAAUGGGGUGAGAGUAACUACCUCACCUCAAAAGUGUCAUUUCAUUUGCUAGCCUGUUCUCACGACCUACUAGAAUCAUCACUAGGUAACUGUGCAUUCCCAGAAAAUGCAUUUUGUCUCCAGUGUGCACCAACUGAAGACUGUAGCAUAGCCGCACUCAGACUUCUCCUCAUCAGCUCCUCUUUGCCAGGGAGAGGAAAGUCAUGAGUAGUCAAUUUGAACUGUUACUGGCUAUUUGUCCCUAUAUUAGCUGCUGAAAAUUGUUUAGUUGUCAAAACUGAGUUUGCAGUAGGUUGCACCUUUUAUUGUUUGCAGUUUUCUGUUUUAUGUGCAUUUAAAAGCCCUUCUUUGCUUUCGAGUAAGGAGAGAUGAAGUGAUCAGGAAUGUUGCCAGUUACAGCUUCACGCCAAAAAUAUUGAGUUAGCUCCCUUUUGUUUAGAUGCCCAUGAUGGGUGCUGAAGGGAGGGCAGUCUUAGGAAUGCUGGUGCCAGACUGAAUGACUAGCAGAAGCACACGUUCCUUCUGGUUACGAACCAACAUCCAAGCCUAUCAUUUACUUUUCUCUUGCUUUUUUGUGAGCCCCCUGUGGGAAGAUUAUCUGUCUCUGAGCCUAGAGGUGUCUGUCCACUUUGUCACCAUUCUGGUUGUUGAAGCAAUUCUAGUCUCUCAAUAGUAGGUGGAUAUGAAUAUGCAAAGAAAAAAAUUCAGCAUCUUUUCUAAUGCUUAUAUGAAAACAGCACUUAUAAGCAAUACUGGAAUAAAAAACCAACCCUACACAGGUCCUGAUGGGGUAGAAGCUGGUUUUAGUGUAGUGUUCAGUACGCAGAGACAGUAACAAAAAGGCUCCCUCUGUCUCUGCAGGUUCUGGGACCAUUUACAAAGGCCAGUUCAUUGUGUUACUGUGAUUUACCUUGUGAAGUUGUUGCAGUUAAUGACCACAUAUGUGCUCUGGGGACAUGAAUGUCAGCAACUGUGAUCUCUGGUGCCUGAAGGGAAGGAAGAUGGGCUUUCUCGCCUUUAACUGUUAAUGUUAUUUUAGUAAAAGUACUCAAAACACUGUUUUUUUCUUCUGUAAAAAUGGCUUAGCAAUUUUCACACCUGGGUAGGUUACACAGCUCGGGAACAAUUCAGGAUAGUAAAUGACAGUUACAGGUGGUCCACCAAAUGACAGACUAUGCAAUGGACACAUCUUGUGGUUAUCAUCACACAGCUGAAAAGCAAAGGUGCUUUUCUCUAGUGAGUCUACUGUGUGAGGUGUUCCUGCUUAUAAAUGACAGCAGUGCCCUGUUGGCAGGCAAUGUGGUCUAAUAAUGCCCCCUCUGUGAGAAGAUUAUGGUUUGAUGAGAAGCAGAUAGUCAUUGGAGAUGGAGUUGGGAAGUGAUCAUUUUAUAUUGUCAAAUAACUAUUUAUAAGUUUAAUCUUUCAAAGUAAACCAGAUUGUCACCUGAAGGUUAGGGAAUCAUCCCCUUCUGCAAGUCACACUAAAACUCAUCCGAAGCUCAUCCUCAGUCCACACUCACAGUCCACAUGGCAAAGUCAGUUCUUUGUUUAGGAAGGGCGCCAUGUCCAUGCUAGAUAUGGGCAUCCUGAGUGGCGAGUUUCUUGUGUAUGAAAGAAGAGUUUUCUUUUGGCUUGUUGCAUGGCUUCUUAUAAGCUGGCAUUAGAGUUGAGUCACACAGAGGUGAAACCCGUACAAUGUGUUCCUUGAGCCUGGCCUGCCACUGUGUUCUGGCAUCUGGGUGGC